UAUGGCAGUCUUGAUUACAUCUUCUGUAGCCUAAGUUCAGCUCUUUUCUGAAUCAGUGUCAUGUUGGUGUAGUGGGCUAACCUUGGCAGGCAGCAAAGUGCCGCACAGUUUGCACACUUUCCUGUUCCACUAGCAGUAGGGUGAGGGAAGGGGAAAAGAAGAAUGAAAGUGUGAAAACUUGUGAGUCCAGAUACAAUAAAAAAAAGUUUAGUGCACGAUGGAGAAGUUAAAUAAGAGACAAAGAAAAUGAAACAAGUGAUGCAAAAGCAAUCGCUCACUAACUCCCAUGAGUAGACUGAUGCCCAGCCAGUUCCUGAGCAAGAGAUGGCUAGCUCCUAAAGCCCCCUCUCUUCCUCUUUAUUACUGAGCAUGAUGAUAUGUGCAUGGAAUAUCUCUUUGUUCAGCUGUGGUCAGCUGUCCCAGCUGUGUCCCCACCCAACCUCUUGUCUCAGAUCUAUUCACUGAAAGGCUAAAGUGAGAGACAAGGCCUUGGCACUGUGCAAGUGCUGUUCAGCAAAGGAUAAAAAAUAGUGUGUUACUAGCAUUGUUUUACUCACAAAUCUAAAGCACAGCAUCAUAUGAGCCACUAUGAAAAAAAUUAAUACCAUGCCAGCCACAGCCAGUACUAUGCAUACUGCAGAUGUGGGCUUUCCUAUAUAUCUUGUGAGCUGCAGUUCAGGUUUGGUGCAGGUUUUUCCCAGUCCCAUGUGUUGUUUAAAUUCAGAUAAUUCUAGGUCUUUACCAUGCAAGACAUACUUAAAUGCUUUCCUAGCCCAUGGUUUGCACCAAAACAACUCUCUCUUCUUGGCAGCAAGAAAACAUUCAUAUUCAGAGCCCCUCAAAUCCACCUUUGGGACCAUACCAUGUUUCCAGUCAGCUGAAGGGCAGCUACCACCUCUGUGUAUUUUUUUCAUACAAGUACAGUGCUUGUGUAGUCUCUUGUGCUUUGGGAAGAGCUCUUAAAACAUCUGCACAUCCUCAACUGCCUUAAGAUCUCUCAUUAAAGCCCUCCUUUGUGCAGCAAAGCCUACAGUCACUGAAAGAAUGGCUUGACAAGUGAGCAUUGGAAACUGUGUGUUCUGAUACUUGUCUGUCCUUUCACUCAUGAAAUCUAGUCUCACUGAGGCAAAAAUUGUCUUUCAUUCUGAUCUGUAUAUGCUUAGUGCCUGAUUAUGCAGGGUCCCUCCCAUGCACAGUGCAUAUGUAGCACAAAAAAUCUCAAGGCUUGUUGCCUGCUUCAGCUGCAUGCCCAGUAUGCUUGCUCUAAUUGUAGUCAGUGGAAAAACUCUCAGACACAAUUGCACAUUCAGAGCCCUAAGUAGGCUGUGCAGCACAUGGGUAUGUGACUACUCCAUCCCUGGAAUAGUUCUGAUGUCUUGCAUUUGGGUUCUAAUUGCUUUCAUCAGAAUUCCUUUGGGAUUACAUUUCUUAAGCCUUCUAGCAUUGGACUGCUAGGAACCCCUAAAACACAUUUAACAGUAAACUGAACUAAGGAGUACAAUACAAUAUGUUCUUGUAACUGAGAUUAACAAAUUUCUUGUAAUGAUUAAGGAAUGCAAACCGUAAGAAUAACAGUGAUGUCUGCUUAUAUUUCAGUGCUGUUUUUGAAGGUUCUCUUUAAUGUCGCUGUGCUAUUAGGGCAUGAUACAUAUCCAGUCCUUGGAGAAGACCCUUGUCCUGAGUAUUUGUUCUGUAGAAAAAGUGGUUGGAAGGUGGCACGGUUCACCUGGUUUGCCGCAAUAAGGAACGAGCUGAGGAAGCCAAAGGAGAAAUAGUGACAGAAACUGGCAAUCAGAAUAUCUUCUUGCAUAUUGUGGAUAUUUCUAACCCCAAAGAAAUCUGGAAGUUUGCUGAAAAGUUCAAAACUGAACAUAAAUUGAAUGUGUUGAUUAACAAUGCAGGGUGUAUGGUGAACAACAGAGAGUUAACUGAAAAUGGACUUGAAAAAAACUUUGCAACAAAUACCUUGGGUACAUACGUUCUGACAACUGCCCUGCUGCCCCUCCUAGAAAAAGAAGCUGACGCCAGAGUGGUAACUGUCUCUUCUGGGGGCAUGCUAGUUCAAAAACUAGACAUAUCUGACUUGCAGUCAGGAAGUGGAACGUUUGAUGGAACUAUGGUGUAUGCUCAAAACAAGAGACAGCAAGUUGUCUUGACAGAACAAUGGGCAAAAACUCACAGAAGCAUCCAUUUCUCUGUUAUGCACCCGGGCUGGGCAGACACUCCAGCUGUGAGGUCCUCGAUGCCAGACUUCUAUCAGAAGAUGAAGAACAGCCUGCGUACAGAGGCGCAGGGAGCUGAUACUGUGGUGUGGUUGGCAGUAUCAUCUGAGGCAGCAAAGUUACCCAGUGGCCUCUUCUUCCAAGACAGGCAACCAGUCCCUACACACCUACCCUUAGCAAGAACUCACAGCCCACCAGGGGAUGAGGAGAAGCUAAUGGAGGUGCUGGAAGAAUUCUCCCAGAAGUUUAAAUCCACUUCUCCAGGAUCCCCUCAGUGCAGCUGAAGAUCAUGGAGCAGAUCUUCCUGGAAAAUAUGCUAAGGCACAUGGAAGAGAAGGAUGUGAUACGGGAUAACCAGCAUGGCUUCACCAAGGGCAGGUUCUGCCUGACCAACUUUGUUGCUUUUUAUGAUGGCGUAACUGCAUCAGUAGACAAGGAAAGAGCCACUGAUGUCAUCUAUGUGGACUUCAGAAAGGCCACAGUCCCCCAUAACAGCUUUCUCUCCAAAUUGGAAAGGGACAGAGUCCCCUAUAACAUUCUUCUCUCCAAAGUGGAAAGGUAUGGAUUUGAUGAGUGGACAGGGAAAUAGGAUUGUACCUUGGGAGUGGUGAUCUAUGCACUGAUGUGCAGAUAGAGAUCAGUUACAAGUGGUGUUCCUCAGGGGUCAUUACUGGGACCUGUACUUUUUAACAUCUUAAUUAAUGAACAGUGGGAUCAAGUGCACCCUCAGCAAGUUUCCAGAUGAUGCCAAGAUGUCUGGUGCAGUUGAUACACCUGGGGAACAGGAUGCCAUUGAGAGAGACCUAGACUGCCUUGAGCAGUGGGCCCAGGAGAACCUCCUGAGGUUCAAUAAAUCCUGCACGUGGUCCUGCACGUGGGUUGUGGUAACCUCUGCUACCAGUGCAAACUGGGGGAUGUAAGCAUGGAGCACCGCCGCAAGGGACCUGAAUGAACAGGUGGAUGGGAAGCUGGACAUGAACCAGCAAUGGACCCUCGCAGCCCAGAGAAUCAACCAUAUCCUUACAAAGCAGUGUGGCUGGCAGGGUGAGGGAGGUGAUCCUGCCUUUCUGCUCUGCACUGUGAGGCCUCACCUGGAGUACUGCAUCCAGAUGUGGAGUUCCCAGCACAGGAGAGACACAGACCUGUUGGAGUGCAUCCAGAGGAGGGCAGCAAAAAUGAUCACCUCUCCUGGUGAUCAUUUUUGAGGGAGCUGGGACUGUUCAGCCUGGAAAAGAGAAGGUCUGCCAGGGAGACCUGGAAGCAGCCUUUCAGUAUCUAAAGGGGAGCUGUAAGAAGGAAGGAACAGACUCUUUAGCAGGGUCUGCUGUGACAGGACAAGGGGAAAUGGUUUCAAACUGAAAGAGAGGAGAUUUAGAUUGGACACAAGGAAGAGGUUUUUUACUACUUUUUUACAGAGGUGAGGCACUGGAACAGGAUGGCCAGAGAGGUGAUGGAUGCUCCGUCCCUGGAGACACCCAAGGUCAGGCUGGAGGGGCUCUGAGUACCUGACGAAGCUGUAGGUGUCCCUGUUUGUUGCAGGGGAGUUGGACCAGAUGGCCUUUAGGGGUCCUUUCCAACUCAAAAUAUCCAGUGAUUCUAUGAUCUUAGCAUCACUGCUGAUACAGCAUAACCACAAAGCUUUUAAUUACUAACAGUGCUGUAGUGUACCUUCAGUGGAGGAGAGGUAGGAUACCAUAGGCCUGUUAAAAAUAAAUUGUAUUCACAUGUGCUCAUUGUGGGGAAUGGUGGUCCCUGCAAAUUUGUUCUGUUCCUGAGAGUCUCACCCAGUGUGAGUACGCACGUACUGUCUCAAGACACAGUAAGGAUGUAGUCUUUGAACUGGACAGAAAAUUUGGGAGGCAUUAAAAUAAAACCCAAGUGAUAGCUCCGAGCUUUGUGAAGUUAACCAAAAUCUUCUGAAGGACGUAGCACACAGAGAAAUGCAGAGGAGUGUACCUUCAGAAGUCUUCAGGAAAUAAAUGGUUAGUUUCAAAUGAUAUUUAAACACUGUAUUUGACAGGGUGGUUGCUUCCUUCAGCAUAUGAAGAUGACUAGGCUCAAAUGUGUCACUGGGAAUGCAGAAACUCCUGCAUCACUUGCUUAGUUUAAAUGGAAGGAUUCUGCACAGCAUUCAGUUUCUAUAAAUCAGUGCUGGUAUGCAGAAAUGAUCUGCUUCUUCAUGUUUAAACAGCAAGAAUUUAGGAACGCUGCCAAAUGCUUUCCACAUUACUUUAUGGAGCCAGGACUGAAUAUUAUCCUGUUUAUGUCAAGACACUAUGAAGUAGGAGGCUUUAACACAUUCCACAUCCAGGCAUAGUUGGAUCCCUCCCCUUCAGGAAGCAGAGAAAUGGCUCCAUGACUCUGGGCAGGAAAACAAAUAGCAUACUAAGCUGUAUGUGCUUGCCAUUUCUGUGAAAGAUUGGGGAAUUGCUUUAUCAUAACAAAUGGAAUACGAAGGGAAAGGGAAAAUGGGAGGCACAGGCUUUAGAGGAGAACUCCAUCUCGUGAUGAGAGAAUUUUGCCUGGAACUGUUUUAUUUGUUGACACAGAAGGUAGAAUUUGUCUUACCUGAUCUGCAGAAUUACUCACUGGAAUUCUCACUCUAAAUCAGUAGAGAGAAAACAAGCUCCUUUACAGUGAUUUAAUGGAUCUAGUUUAAGAAGCCCUUACAUUUCUGCAUCUUUCUAAUGACUGUGAAGAUAACCAGCUCAUAACAAAGACAUUCUAGUGGGAUUAUCUUUAUCUUUUAUACUACAAAUGUACUGCAAAGCCAAGACUGUUAUCAGCAAUCCCGGUGACAUGUUUUUCUCCUGAUCCAACUGUGCUUGCUGGCAAACUGUAUCCAAAACCCCAAAAAACUACACUACUGUUUCUACACAUCACUGUGGAUUGGUGUGAUACGUCAAAAGAACUAGAAAUAAAAAUAUCACAGGUGUUCUUUGGA